AUGUGUACUCAGACUCAUCUGGUUAUUUUGAUUGCCUUCUUUUUUAGCGUUCAGAUUUGGGCCCGAAGGUAGGUCGAAAUAUGACGAACUUCGGUGUAAUCCUAUGUCUCCUUGAAAACUAGACACUUUUCUUUAUCGAGAAAUAAUAUUAGCUUGUCUUCCCUUCGAAAAUAACAUUUGUCGUAAGAAAAUCUGUCCACAUAUAUAACGCUCUAAAUAAAUCUGCGAGAAGUGUUGCAGAUUAUUUUAAGGCUUAAAACAUUUCGGUUCUUUUUAUGAAAAACCGGUCUAAGAACACGUUUUUUCGUGAAUUUGGUAAGCUGUGAUUCUUUUACAUCUGUAUCGACAGACAAAGUAGGUUCUGCUUGAUUGAUUAAUAUUUGACAUUUUUGCCAAACAGUGUACCGCAUGAACCCGAAAGAUGCACAUCUGGCUCAAUGACCUGCUUCCACGGAAGAUGCGUUGAAACCGAGGAGAUCAUCGACGGCGAAGUAAAAGCGGUUGAAAAAUGCGUCUGCUAUCCACCUUAUGAAGGACCUCACUGCACAGUGAAAGUUUUGAUGAAUAUGUUUGAUCAAGAAGUAAUAAGCGGCGGACCCAUCUUUGAUGAACCUGUGGAGCUCUUCCGAAGACGACGAUUCGUUUGA